AUGCAUAUAGGAGAGUGUACUAUCACCUUACAUGACGUAGCCGUCAUACUUGGGCUCCGCAUCGAUGGUCUGGCAGUUACGGGCACCGAUGACCAUAAUUGGUUUGAGGUAUGUGCUAGGCUUCUUGGUCAGGUACCCGACUUGCGGAGUGGUGCGAUGAAGCUAUCGUGGCUUCGUCAGACAUUUCAGGGAGAUAUACCAGCAGAUGCCUCCAUUGAGACGCUUCUGUUUCAUGCUCAUGCGUACAUAUUACACAUGAUAGGGUGCAUGCUAUUUCCUAAUGCGAGCAAGACUCUUGUACAUGCACGAUGGCUACCAUUGAUUGAGGAUUUUAGUGUCUGCGGUGGACGAUCAUGGGGCACUGCGGUGUUGGCAUACUUGUACAGAGAACUGGGUAGAGUAUCCUUAAUGCAGAAUAAAGAAUUCAAGGGAUGCUGCACUUUGAUCCAGAUUUGGUCAUGGGAGCGCAUUCAUGUUGGCAGACCGACUUUACUUGUGCACCGUGACUUACAAGGACAGUUUCCACUGGCAUACAGGUAUAACGUGCGAUGGACACCCUAUUCACCGUCGGUGCUCGACAUGCAUACACUUGCAUCUAUCUGCCUAGACUCACCUGACUUGUGGACAGCAAGAGUUCCCUUGAUUUGUUGGGAGAUCGUGGAGAUGCAUGUUUUUGAUCGUGUACUACGGCAAUUUCUGAUGGACCAUCAUGUGCCAGAGCCUGUCCGUGCUUUUGAUAGCAUUGAAGCUGAUAUUGAUGCGCAUAUGCCCGAGAUUCAGGAUUCAGUGGCGUGUCCUUGGAAGCUUAAUUCACGUUCAGGUGUAAGAGUAGGUGGGCAGAGAAUCUGA